AUGGAGUUGCUCACUUCCAUCGCUCGUUACCUUGCCAUUGUUGCAACAUAUAUACGCAUUGCGCAAUCCCUGCCAUAUCUUCCAGAGGAAGCAGACUGGAAUCUUAAUCAAAAUCAGACAGCGACACACCCCCUCGACUACUCGGGUCGAUGGGAGGACCACUCAUACAACCCUUCGCCGGAGAACUGGCGAUUCCCCUUUUACACGAUAUUCCUCGAUAGAUUUGUAAAUGGCGAUCCGAGUAACGAUAACGCGAAUGAAACACAGUGGGAACAGAUCUUGACCUCCAACGAGUUCCGCCAUGGCGGCGACGUUCUUGGGUUGGUUGAUACGUUUGAUUAUCUUCAGGGUAUGGGGAUCAAGGGCGUGUAUCUCGCCGGCACACCGUAUAUCAACUUCCCUUGGGCCGCGGAUGGAUACUCCCCGCUUGAUCUGACUCUGCUGGACCAUCACUUUGGCACAAUCGAGAACUGGCGCACAAUGAUAUCUGAGGCGCAUCGGCGUGGGCUUUAUGUUCUUUUUGAUAAUACCUUUGCAACAAUGGGCGAUCUUAUCGGUUUCCAGGGUUUCUUGAACAAGUCCGCGCCGAUCAACCCCAACGAGUACGACUAUGUAUGGAAGUACGACCGUCGAUACUGGGACUUUCAGCCUGGAAAUGAAGUUGAGGAUGAAUGUCCUUGGGAGUAUCCUCGGUUCUGGGAUGAUGACGGUACCGGUUUGACCACCACAACCCUUGGUGCUUCAUGUCGGAAUAGUGAAUUUGAUCAGUAUGGAGAAGUUGCCGCCUUUGGAAACUACACCGAAUGGGAAGGGCAGAUAUCCAAAUUCGCAUUCGUGCAGGAUCGUCUACGUGGAUGGCGACCGGACGUGCUAGCCAAGAUCAAACACUUUUCGUGCCUCACCAUCACCAUGCUUGAUAUCGACGGAUACCGCGUCGACAAAGCUUUACAAGUUACUCUUGACUCUCUUGGAGAAUGGUCCGAGUAUAUGCGGGAUUGCGCCAAGGGGGUGGGAAAGGAUAAUUUCUAUAUUCCCGGAGAGAUUGUGGCGGGAAACUCUUUUGGCUCGCUUUAUAUCGGUCGCGGUCACCAGAUAAACCAAACCAUCUCCAAUCUGACCGAAGCGUUCAUGAUGACGAACAAGACAGACAAGUCAGAUGAGGAUCUCUUCUUGAGACCUGCGGAGAGGUCCGCGCUGGACGGGGCGGCGUUCCACUACUCCUUAUAUCGUGGUCUCAGCCGGUUUUUAGGGUUAGUUUCUCACCCUCGCCAAUUUCAUUUUAUUCAAGCUAACAUAGUUCCGUAUAGUCUAGAUGGAAUCUACACUGCCGAAGGCGACCCGCCAGUCAACUUUGUGGAGACCUGGAAUGCUCUUGUGCAGACCAACGACAUGAUUAACACGAACACCGGCAAGUUCGAUCCUCGUCACCAAUUUGGUGUCACGAAUCAGGAUGUCUUCAGGUGGCCAGGGAUCAAAAACGGGACCCACAAGCAGAAUUUAGGUCUAUACGUCGCUUCGUUGGUCAUGCCUGGAAUCCCCAUCCUCUCCUGGGGCGAGGAACAGGAAUUCUACGUACUCGACAACCAGGCUGACAACUAUGUCUUCGGUCGUGGACCCAUGUCAUCCGCUCAGGCAUGGCAGCUGCACGGAUGCUACAAGCUGGGAUCAUCGAAAUACGUUGAUUUCCCGCUCGAGCGCUCCCUGACUGGAUGCGCAGAUGAUUCCGUCAGUCUCGAUCACCGCGAUCCGUCUCACCCAGUGCGAGGACUCGUCAAGAUGAUGUUUGAGAUGCGUGAAAACUAUCCCGCUCUGAACGAUGGCUGGUACCUGCAGCAAUUGUCUAACCACACGUUCGACAUCUACCUUCCAGGCAGUAGUGGGACACCGACCGAGACUGGAAUGUGGAGUGUCCUAAGAUCGCGCUUUGUGGAUGCGCAGAAUUUCGAUGGCCAAGGACAGGGGAAUCAGAGCGUCUGGCUGGUGUAUUCGAAUGACAACAAAACAGUUGAACACCAGUUCAACUGCAGCAGUAAGGACGCUUUGAUCUCGCCAUUUCCUACGGGAACAACGGUCAAAAACCUUUUUCCACCGUUCGAAGAAUUCACGCUGGCUAACAGCUCGAUUAAGCUUGGAUUGGAAGGAUCUGAUGUUCCCAACGGGUGUCAUCCCAACCUUACUAUGCCGGCCUGGGGGUUCAAAGCCUUUGUUCCGAAGGAUAAAUUUGUGCAGCCUUCCCCAUAUAUAACACGCUUCUCCCCGGGACAUGAUGCUCGUCUUGUGCCCCUGGGAACAAGUGGGGAGACGGUACGAAUUGGCUUCGAAUUCUCUCAGGAGAUGGAUUGCGGGGAUAUCACCAACUCGCUGACGAUCACGUCCAAAGCGCUUGACAAUGAGACCCCACAGCUUGAUACCACCUCGGUCUCUUGCCAACCUAUUGAAGAGACCAAUGUUGUGACAUGGCCGGGGGCACUCACUAGCGUUUUCAGCUACGAGCAGAUGGAAAUCAAUCCACAGGUUGCCUGGAUGACAUACACCGGCUUUAACACGACGAUCCCCGGCAAAAAUUGGACUGGCACCGUGGAGCAAGCCUGGGAAGGAGAACACAUUAUUGCCCAAUACUGGAGCAAGUUGACUGGAAGUAGUUCUCAAUGGCAGCACGGAGACACAAAAUGGGCAUACAAUCCCCCACGUCGCUUCCCAAAUCUCUUCAUCGAAGGCGUGUUCAACCAGUUUGGAUAUGACGCUGGCUAUUCCAACAAAAUGGUCAUUAACAACGUCACUGGCCUGUGGGAAAUUCACUUCAUGGGCGAAUGGCCUGUGCAGGUUGCAUUCAACGUCUGGGGAUUAAACGAAGACGGCCUGGCCGAUCAAACGCAGGUGUUUGGGGACAUUGAUGGAGACAACGUUCUGGAUCAGGUCCCUCCAGUCACGCUGCUGAGCAAUGUAUUCAACGUCACCAUCCCGCCCCCUUCGCCCUAUCUUGCUUUCACGCUGUCGGUGGGUGACGGCGAUCUUAAGGUCUACGCUACACCCACAGGAUCCAGGUGGGUUCAGCUGGCCAUCUUCAUCGUGCUAGCGAUUGUGCCUGUCACUACCGCUGUCGGUGCGGUGUUUGUUUACCUGAAGGCCUUUUACCAGGUCAAAUUCAACCAAAUUGGUGUCACCGAGAAAAGAUCAAGCUUCGCUCCAUUCGUGAGCGCCUUUCAAAAGGUGGCCCAUAGAUCUAAUGGCAGGGACUCUAAUCCCGAACUUGCUCUAACCACCGUGGGCCCAUUCUCAUCUGAAAGUGGAGGCAUUGCUGGUGCCACGGUAAACACCCGCCGACGGACCGUGCUCAUUGCAACCAUGGAAUACGAUAUCGAAGAUUGGGCCAUCAAGAUCAAGAUUGGUGGUCUGGGUGUGAUGGCCCAGCUGAUGGGGAAACAUCUGAGCCAGCAGGACCUCAUAUGGGUGGUCCCUUGUGUUGGAGGAGUUGACUACCCCAAAGACGAUCCCCGUGAGCCGAUGGUAAUCACCGUUCUUGGCAACAACUACCAAGUGGAUGUCCAGUAUCAUCGGCUGCAUAACAUCACUGUUUAUAACCUCGACCAUGCAUUGGUGAAGAAGUAUGUACAGUUCGGCGAGGUAUUUAACCUUCUUCAUGCAGCUGCCAACUAUCUGAAAAUCCACCAAAGCGGAUUCGGCGCUGUGGGUGUCUCCAAGAAAUACGGCAAGAGAUCCUACGCCAGAUAUCCUAUCUUCUGGGGCCUGAAGCACAUUGGAGCACUGCCAAACCCCGAUCCAUCUGACAUCGCCGAGUGGGUUCACAACGAAAACAACAACCUCGAAGAUGUUAUCAUUGAUAGGGAGUUUGAAGCCGGUCGUGCCACACUCAAGAGACAAGCGCAAGAAUGGGCAGGACUCAAAGUUGACCCAGAGGCCCAGCUGUUUGUGUUUGUCGGUCGUUGGUCCAUGCAAAAGGGCGUUGAUCUGAUUGCAGACAUUUUCCCCUCCAUUCUAGACGCUCACCCAAAGGUCCAGUUGAUGUGCAUUGGUCCAGUCAUUGAUCUAUAUGGAAGGUUUGCCGCGAUGAAAUUGAAUCGACUCACAGAGCUCUACCCUGGGCGGGUCUAUUCCAAACCAGAGUUCACCGCACUACCACCCUUCAUUUUCAGUGGCGCUGAAUUCGCCUUGAUUCCUUCGCGUGAUGAACCGUUCGGUCUGGUGGCCGUGGAAUUCGGACGGAAAGGAGCGUUGGGCGUGGGAUCACGUGUUGGUGGCCUUGGGCAGAUGCCAGGCUGGUGGUACACAAUCGAGUCUAUGACAACAAAACACCUUACCCAACAGUUCAAGAUGGCCAUCAACGACGCUCUGAAAUCGUCCCAGGAGACACGAGCACUCAUGCGUGCACGAUCCGGCAAGCAGCGCUUCCCCGUAGCACAGUGGGUUGAGGGUCUGGAAAUCCUACAAACCACCUCGAUCGAAAAGCACGCCAAGUACUCUAAACGCCACGAUCGCAGUUCAUUGAGGGUUUCCUAUGGCAGCAGCUUUGUCCCAGAAAGUGUUCGCAAAGUCUCGUCGAGCUCAAACAACAGCCGCGAACACAGCCGAUCACGCAGCUCCACCGCGUCUGUCUCGCCGAGCAGGCCCAUUACGGCUGAAAUGAGACCGUCUGGACCUCGAUCAGGCUCAGAUCACGUUUUCUCGCCGACAAAUCUGUCUUCCAGUCUAAACAUGUCCGACAACGAGCCCGAUUCUGACACCAACCCAAGACGCAGACCCUUGUCUUCCAACCCUCUCGCAGACUCGCGGAUCGUUUACUCAACGGUAAACGAUGGGGAAUAUUUCGAGCCCGUUUCUAGAGCCGUCCAAGAGGACAGCAGUGUCCGUCCAUCGCCCUUUCCAUCGCCAUUUCCAUCGCCAUUUGGGACACCUACAGCCUAUUUUGCUCAAUCCGGUGCCAGCACUCCAGUUCACGGCACAGGAUUGGAAGACGGUUUGCUGAGCCGAAGAGACGCAAGGGCGUCCAUGAUGAGUCUGGUCAGCGUCGACGAUAUAGUAAAGGAGAAGCAAGACUACAAGCUGCAGAAAGUUGAUCCAUUUUUCACGGAUGCGAAUAACGAGUACGCGGAUAAGUUUGAGAAGAAGCUUGCUGAUCUGAAUGGCAAGAACUCCGAAGAUCAGCUCUGCAUCGAGGAGUUCCUCGAGAAGAGUGAAAAAGACUGGUUCAAUCGAUACCGCGACGUCAAACUGGGAAAGUCCCCCUUGCCGUCUCCUGCUCCCUCUGCUGCUCCCUCUGUCUUUCGCUUCAUGGUUCAUGAAACGGGUAGACCAGAUACCCCGCCAAUCCCUAGUCCAGGUGUAAACCCAAAUGCCGGCCAAUUCCUUCUUCCACAUGACUACGUUCCCCCUACGGGUUUGAAGCGUUUCAUGUUGAUGAAGCUGGGUGAUUGGCCUGUGUACUCCAUCUUCCUCGCUAUCGGCCAAAUUCUCGCCUUGAACUCGUACCAGAUCACACUCCUGAACGGUGAGAUUGGACAGACGGCGGAAAAGCUAUACAUUCUAGCAUCCAUCUAUCUUGUCUCUUCGAUCAUAUGGUGGCUGGUCUUCCGUCUAGUCCCCUCAAUCUAUGUGUUGACGAUUCCUUUCUUUAUAUACGGGUUAGCCUUUCUGUUUGUCGGUCUUGCCGGUCCCAUCCACAGCGGCAUUAGUCAAACAUGGCUACAAAACGUGGGAACUGGCUUGUAUUCGUUCGCAUCUUCGAGUGGUUCGAUUUUCUUCGCCCUCAAUUUUGGAGAUGAAGGUGGGGCGCCUCUGAAGUCUUGGAUUUACAGAGCCACUGUUAUCCAAGGCACUCAGCAACUGUUCAUCAGUUUCCUUUGGUACUGGGGUAGUUGGAUGGCAUCUCUCAACCAAAAAGGUAGCACGCAAUUUAGCCUUGCCAUGACUGAUCCAAACGCUUUGCUCGGGAUCGGAGUUGGACUCGCCUGUCUUCUGUGGCUGUUGGGAGCCCUGGUCUUCUUUGGGCUUCCCGCAUAUUAUAGACAAGCACCAGGUCAAGUGCCGACAUUCUAUCUAUCGCUCUUCCGCCGUCGCAUCAUUCUUUGGUUUUUCUACAUGGUGUUCAUAUCGAACUACUGGCUGUCGGCACCGUACGGACGAAACUGGCUCUAUCUCUGGUCCAGCAAGCAUGCAUCCGUGUGGCAAGUCGUGCUCCUUGUCCUCUUCUUUUUCAUCUUCGUCUGGGCGGCAGCUCUCUGGGUCUUCCACGUAUUUUCCAAGAGACACGCCUGGUUCAUUCCGAUCUUUGCCGUCGGUCUUGGUGCUCCUCGAUGGGCCCAGAUCCUGUGGUCAACCUCCAACAUAGCCACGUACAUCCCCUGGGCCGGUGGUCCUGUAGCCGGAGCUCUUCUUGGUAGAGCACUCUGGCUCUGGCUAGGAGUUUUGGAUUCCCUUCAGGGUGUCGGUAAGUUUCCUCCCACGACGAAUGAAGCACAACACAAACUGACUCACGCCAAUACAGGGUUUGGAAUGAUCCUCCUCCACACAAUGACCCGAUUCCAUGUCACCUUCACACUUCUAGCCGCGCAGGUGGUCGGUUCCAUAGCGACUAUCCUCGCCCGCGCGACAGCUCCGGAUAGGUUAGGCCCUGGUAAUGUUUUCCCUGAUUUCUCCGCUGGCGUCGCAGCCGGCUUGGGAAAGGCAGACUUCUGGGUCUGUCUGCUCUUCAUGCUAUCCAUCAACGUGCUCUGCAUCUUCUUCUAUCGCAAGGAACAACUCUCGAAACCUUGA